GAUAGAGUCAGAGAGAGAGUGAGUCAGAGAUAGAGCAAGAUGCAAUAGUCAGAGAGAGAGAGAGAGAGAAUCAGAGAGAGAGCAAGAUGCAAGAGUCAGAGAGAGAGGGAGAGAGAAUCAGAGAGAGAGCAAGAUGCAAGAGUCAGAGAGAGAGAGAGAGUCAGAGAGAGCGAGAUGCAAGAGUCAGAGAGAGAGUCAGAGAGAGCGAGAUGCAAGAGUCAGAGAGAGCGAGAUGCAAGAGUCAGAGAGAGAGCAAGAUGCAAGAGUCAGAGAGAGAGCAAGAUGCAAGAGUCAGAGAGGGAGAGAGUCAGAGAGAGCGAGAUGCAAGAGUCAGAGAGAGCAAGAUGCAAGAGUCAGAGAGAGAGAGUCAGAGAGAGAGCAAGAUGCAAGAGUCAGAGAGAGAGAGAUGCAAGAUUCAGAGAGAGAGAGAGUCAGACAGAGAGAGUCAGCGAGAGCGAGAUGCAAGACUCAGAGAGAGAGAAAGAGAGUCAGAGAGAGCGAGAUGCAAGAGAGAGAGAGAGAGAGAGAGAGAGAGAGAGAGAAAGAGAGAGAAAGAGAGCGAGUGAGCCAGUGUGCAAAGUAAUGUACUUUGAAGUACCAAGUAACAGACUACAUUACCAGGAUAUGGCAUCUUCAAAUGACAAACGAGGACAAAGAGGGGGCGGGGCUUACCAGGACAGGUGUUGACCGCCAGGU